ACAGGCCUACAAGUACUAUGGUAAUUGAGCCUAUUCGGGUCUCAGGUAAACCAUUUCUCUGGUAAGCUUAUUGGAGUUACUGACUGUUCUUUGUGGUUCACAUUUUCCUCUUUGUGAAGGCCAUUUGUUUUACUAAUUCACUUGAGCGGGCUCAUGGUCAAAUUAGCCAUGCAGAUUAUACAAGAUUUGUUUUCACAAAUAAGGAGCUCACGAGUAAGCUUAGCUAGCUUAAAUAACCAAAACGAUACUGCUGUUUAUGCACAGAUGCGUUUCCUAAUAAUGAAGUUACACCAAUGGAUAAUACUUUCCAAAUUGAAGCUGACAUGGUGCACAAUGAAAGCAUCAUUUUCAUAUUGGUUUUGGAUGUAAAAGUAUAGCUUUUGAAUGUUAGCAUACUAGAUUGGGAAGUUGAAAGUAAAGUUACAUUGCGCUGACUUCCCAAAGUAAAAUGCGGAGUUCCAAAACCAAAAGCGCACUGCCACUUAUACACACAAUGUUUCCAAUAUAUGACACUUACGGAGAAUGGUUUCGAAACUAAAUUUGGAUAUUGGUUGUGAAAGUUAGCAUUGUAAUUUGCUCAAAACAGCUCAAAAUGUUCUUCGCCUCAACCAACUAACAGUAAAACCCUGGUUUUACAUUAAAACACGAGUAAUAAUAAUUGUAAUUGUAUAACAUUUUUAUCUGUAUUGAGCACUUUGACUUUUAUUGAAAUACCUUUUACUUUAAGUUUUCAUUGCAGGACUUUUACUUGUAACAGAGUAUGUUUACAGUGUGGAAUUAGUAAAUGAACAAUUACUAAUCAGCAGUGGGUGUGGCACUUGGACAUUGACUCUGGCAAAGCCCACCUUUGGAUCCAUUGUCCAAUAGAUUUGAAAUCCUACUCAAUCAAUUAUCCAAUAAGAACACCUGUUCUACAUUGACUAUAUAGGCCUUUUGUUUAGUCUUUGACCCGUUUGUGUGUUGUCCUGUGUUGAAGCCUUUGCUGUCCAGACACCUGAUUGAGUUGCGAGCUACUCGGAGAACCCUGAAGGUUAGUAACCGUCUAAAAACAUAAACGCGUCCUCUCUAAAGUAAAGUGACUGAAUAUCAGUCAACUUCCGCUUUCAUUGCGCGCGCUCCCGUGAGGUGCAUGAACUUCUCAGCAGGCACGCGUGCACCUUCCGUCCAUGCGCGGGACCAGCAGCACUAGUUCAGUGUGAUCACAUGAUAUGACAAAGCAGCAAAGCUACUUCCUGUGUAGACUGCUGCUAGCUAGCCAGCCAGCCAAGCUCACGUCCAGACGACUACAGAAGCACUGCGACCACCUUGUCAUCCAAGAUGCUGGCCCUCAUGAACAGGCUUCUGGACUGGUUCCGGUCCAUCUUCUGGAAAGAGGAGAUGGAGCUCACACUGGUGGGACUUCAGUACUCCGGAAAAACCACAUUCGUCAAUGUGAUCGCAUCAGGCCAGUUCAGUGAGGACAUGAUUCCCACGGUCGGUUUCAACAUGCGGAAGGUCACUAAAGGCAAUGUGACAAUAAAGAUAUGGGACAUAGGGGGACAGCCUCGCUUCAGAAGCAUGUGGGAGCGCUACUGUAGAGGAGUCAAUGCUAUUGUUUACAUGGUGGAUGCAGCAGACCAAGAGAAGAUAGAAGCUUCCAGAAAUGAACUGCACAACCUGUUAGACAAACCACAGCUACAAGGAAUUCCCGUUCUAGUACUGGGCAACAAACGAGACCUACCCAACGCACUCGAUGAGAAGCAGCUCAUUGAAAAAAUGAAUCUAUCCGGCAUUCAGGACCGAGAGAUCUGCUGCUAUUCCGUCUCCUGCAAAGAGAAGAACAAUAUAGAUAUCACGCUGCAGUGGCUCAUCCAGCAUUCAAAGUCACGGAGGAGCUGAAAUUGAAGCCCUCCCUCGUCGCAGCUCUGGCCUCAGCCCCCCUAACGGUCAUGGGUCCUCGACAGCCAUCCUUUCCACUGCCUCUGUGAAAGUAUUCCAGCUAUCUGCUCACUACCGUCACCAACCUGCACCACCCAGUACACUACCAUAGAUGUGUAGCCCCCUGUACAGCACUACGCCACCCCCAGCUAUCCGGAGUCUUGAAGAGUUGUUUCAGUACUUUGCUAAAAGGUGGAAUUCAUUCCCAUCAUGCCUUAUCGCUGGUCACUAUGAACAUGAUCUGUCUGAGUUUCUUUCUUUUCUUUAAAUGGUUUCUGUUCCUUUUGACACAACAAUCUAAUGAUGUUGCAGUGUGCCGUCCCCCAGCGACACCAGGACGGACCUCCUCCUAAUCCCACAUGUAGACAUCCGUCCCGUUGGUGUUUACGAGGUUGCGAUUGUAGUUUUUAACAGUUAUUUGCCAAAUGACGAUGGUAGCUUGUGCUAAAACCGUAAAUUCCCGAUGAGAUCUUUGCAAUGUUGCCUGCCUUUUUAUUUAGCUGGAAGUAUCUAUUUUAUUAUGUGACUUAAGUCAAAGUUUACACAUAACGUAAAGAUGAAUAGCAGGGAAGAAUGUGAGUGUUUGUUUUUGUCUGAGGCAAAAUCCUAACAUGGGUCAGCAGAGUCUAAAGUGCCUUUGACUAAGGGAGCGUUCCAACCAGUUAUUGCCCAAUGCCACUUCUAACCCACUAUUACACAACACUUAGUCCAGACGCAGCAGACAUCCCCUGAUUACUCUUAACGCCACCCCCCCCUCCAACAAUCUCAUUUUAUGUUUUGUAAUCCCACAAAUGCUUUGUGAUGUCUGAGAAAAGACAGUACUGUACUAACAAUGGAAUGAAGUGGUGAAUGAGAAAAUGUUACAGUUGUGUUUUUUUCUUAGUUGAUGGGUUAUGUGAAUGCGGUUUCACCUGUAGCCUGUGACACUUUAAUGUAGCUCGAAACUCUUUCUUGCCGUUCUCAGGUUGUUGAGUGAUUUUUAAGAAUAUUGUCUGAACACAGCGAUGGUGUUCCCAAAGUGUCUUGUUAGAUAAUCCCUAUUUUGUUCGGGUUGGAUAACAGAAAGCCAGUGUUAGUCGUGAUGACUGAGCAACACGGAGAACAGAAGACAAUCCAUUAGUUCAACGCGUCGCUUGAUGUCAUAAAUGCAUUGCCACUUGCCCACACACGCCCGUGUCUGAAUCCUGAUGUCUUUUUGUAGAAGCCAUAGCAGCCGGAGGACGACGCAGUCUCCUCAAAAGGCGAUUGACGUGUAAUUUCCUUUCAGCGACGGGACUUAUUCCUCACGGUGUCACUGUAUAUUAAUCCGCCCCUUGCUUGGCCAGUGCAUCUUGAUCAAUUUAAGCAUUUUGGUUUUUUUUGUUUUCUGUGCCUGAGUGUUGCUGAUAACUGCUACAAUGCUCUAUGUAGACCUACAUGGCUUCUGCAUUUUACUGUCAUUUUUUCUACACACACACACACACACACAAUGUUCUGCAUCUGUCGGUGAUCGUAGUAAUCCUAAAUGUCGAUUGUUGGGACCACAGCAGCAGUGAGGGGCUUUAAAAUGUGGGUAACUGUGGGUUAUUUUGGGGGAAGCUUUUACCUGUGUAAUGAUAAUAUAGCCUAUUUGCAAUUUGUAUGUGCAUGUGCUGAACCUAUUCACAUUCAAUUGCAGACUUUGUAAAUAAGAUUUUGCAUUGUUAUUCCAACAAAUGCUUCUGUAGAUGUCAUGCAUUAGCCCCCCCGAUUGCUAAUAAAUUUGUUUUUAUUUUUAAGGUUU